AUGUCUGCAAUAUAUGACAACUGGGAAAGAUUGGUUGCAGCUGUUUCUAAAAAACAGCAGCUUUGGCAGCUUUUUCACGAUAGCUCGAGGAGCCCGAGCGUACUUUCGGAGGCUUCGGAUUUCGGUUCCAGCUUCGAUUCGAGUCCCGGUCAGGCGUUGGACCUUUCGAGAUCCGAAAGCUCAUCAAGGCCAAGUCGAGUGCCCCCUAAGCUCGUUCUUUUUUCGGAUUUUAAUCCAGCUGUCGAUGAUGCCGAAGGUUCAAGCCCGGCCUCUGCUCGGUUUCUUGGCAGGGGAAGCUUUGGGGCUGCGUAUGCUGUUCAAAUGGAUCGUGGGCCGACGAUAGUGUUGAAGAGGCUCACGUCAACGAGUUUUUCGGAUGACGAAUUCGAACGCCACAUGGAUGUUAUUGGAAAUGUGAGGCAUGAGAACGUUGCCCCACUAAGGGCUUACUAUUCUGUCCGGGGCGAAAGGUUCUUGCUGUAUGAUUAUUAUAGUACAAGGAAUGUGUAUCAGUUGCUUCAUGAUAAGUGGGACUUUGAUACUUCGAGCGUUUUAGCAUUGAAAAACGGUAUGUUCUGGCCUGUCGGGUCAUUUUGCUUCAGUCGAUAUGAUAUGCAUUUUCUCUGUUCAUUUAAGGGUAAUCUUAGGAGUUCGUCUCAUCCUUGGGUACAAGCUUGA